GGGCCGGGCCGGGUCACGUGACCCUUGCCCCAGCGGCGCACCAGGAUGGAGCCGGAAGAGGGCACGCCGCUGUGGCGGCUGCAGAAGCUGCCCCCGGAGCUCGGCCUGCAGCUUCUUCACAAAAUAAUUGAUGGCAUUUGUGGUCGAGCUUAUCCUCUGUACCAGGAUUAUGACAGUGUUUGGGACUCAACAGAAUGGGCGCAUGUUCUAGAAGAUGUUACCAAGUUUUUCAAAGCUGUAGUUGGUAAAAAUUUAUCGGAUGAAGAGACGCUUCAGCAGUUGAAUCAGUUGAGUUCAUCUCAUCAGGAACCUGUCAUGAAAUGCUUGAAAAGUAGGAAAGAUGAAAUCAAGCAAGUUCUAUUAGGAGAAAUAGUUAAUAUUUCCUCUGCACAGUUACAAGAUUUUGACUGGCAGCUAAAGCUUGCACUUUCUAGUGACAAGAUUGCUACUUUACAAAUGCCACUUUUAAGCCUUCAUCUAGAUGUAAAAGAAAAUGGUGAAGUAAAACCAUAUUCUGUUGAAAUGAGUAAGGAAGAGCUGCAGAAUCUCAUAAAUUCCUUGGAAGCAGCUAAUAAGGUGGUCCUGCAGUUGAAAUAACUGGAAAUGAUGAAUACCAGCAUUAUCAGAUUUCACUGCUAUGAUUGAUACGGCAGAGUGAACACAGUGUUCAGAAACCCUGCAACAUGCUGACUGCUAUACCCGGCUGAGAAAGGAGCGGGUUGAGAUUAGAAAGAUAAGAAUCUAUUAGUGUCUCUAAAGAACAGGAAAUUACAUGGUUGGAAGGAAAUGCAUAAAAUGAAAGUAAAAAAGCUAUGGUAACAGUUCAUAUUUUCAUAAUGACUCUUGUCUCCUUUAUUAAUAUUUAAGAAAUCUUUGUAAGUAGUUUUAUUAAAAGCUAAAAAUAGUUUUUAAGGUAAUGUAAACAUACAAAGCACAAAUAUUGAAUAUUGCUUAAAGAAAUAUGUGAAUAGCAAUGACGUGUAUUAUGGGUAUGCAAUAAAUUUGUGAUAUUUAAAUAAGUUUGUAAAAGUGUAUAUAAGCUACAUAUAUAACUCAGGAGAUUCUGUAUCUUUUUCAUUUCAAAGAAAAUAUGUAAAAUUUCUUAAGAGAAAAGGUCUUCGUCAGAUAUGAACAAGAAACAACUUUUAAAUAUCGGAGUAAUUCUGAGUUACGAAUUGUAGAAACUAAACUCUAGAACACAGAAAAGGUUAAAGUGACAUUACUGCUUCUGUAUUUCUGUGUCUGAUUGGGAGACCAUGCUCUGAUAAAAGGAACAGAUGUCAUUUUAUAGUGUGUACAUUGUUAUAAAUAUCGGGUAAUACUCUACAGGUCCAUUUUGGUGAUAAAUUUUUAAUAUUGAAUUAAACACUUUUGGAUGUUAUGAAAUUCAUUGGAAGAUAAACCAUUUUUAAGAAGGAUUCUGAACAAAUAAAAGUGUUACUUUUUAUUUUUAUGUAUUGCUUUUUUAAAAUGACUUCCCGCAUAACUCAGUAGUUAAUUAAUUGUAAUUAAUCAGUAAUACAUAAUUAGUUGCCGCUUGCUAUUUGCAAACAUCAUAUGAUUCCUAGAGAUGUCCAGAGCAGUUAUUACUAUUGGUUCCAUACAGGUGAAGAUAGGCUUAGAGAGUUUUAAUAAAUAUCUGAAUGUGAUCUAAACAGUGCUA